UGCAAAACGAUUCAGUUCGACUCCGAGACAGCAUCGGGAGAAGCAUCUCUCCUUAUCUUCCUAGACUCGACGCAGUUAAGGGAUUUAGGUUCGCAAAGGCUCCUACUACCUCACGAGCCACGGUAGAACAAAGAAAAGGGGGAAAUGGGAGAAGAAAGGUAUGCAGUGGUUACAGGGGCCAACAGAGGGAUCGGGUUGGCGGUUGUCCGCCGUCUGGCUUCUGAGGGCAUCACAGUGGUUCUAACUGCAAGGGAUGAGAGCAGGGGGCUUGAAGCUGUUGCGGAUCUCAAGAGCCGCGGCCUCACCACCGUGAUCUUUCACCAACUGGAUGUGACGGAUCCCGCCAGUGUUGCUUCGCUGGCUGACUUCAUUCGAUCCCAGUUCGGCAGGCUCGAUAUCCUGGUGAAUAAUGCAGGAGCUUCAGGAAUUAUAGCAGACGAGGAAGGUUUGAGGGCUCUGCAAAUUGAUCCCGACUGUUGGCUAUCGGGCAGGGCACAUAAGUUGGUUCAGGGAGUGCUGCAAUAUACGCCUGAGAAAGCGGAGGAAUGCCUGGAAACAAAUUACUAUGGUUGCAAAAGAGUGUCAGAAGCACUCAUUCCGCUUCUGCAGAACUCCACAUGUGCAAGAAUUGUCAAUGUCUCAUCCCUUAGAUCAGAAUUGAGGAGGAUUCCAAAUGAACAGAUUAGGGAGGAGUUUGGAGACCUGGAUUCUCUGACUGAAGAGAAAUUGGACUCUCUGGUGCAAAGGUUUCUGUGUGAUUUCAAGGACGACAAGCUUGAAGCAAAUGGUUGGCCAAAUAUGCUCCCUGCCUAUAGCAUCUCAAAAGUUGCACUCAAUGCCUACACCAGAGUUCUAGCGAAGAAGUUCCCAACGAUGUGCAUAAACUGCGUGCAUCCUGGAUUUGUGAAGACGGAGCUGAACUGGAACACAGGGGUGCUGACUGUGGAAGAAGGUGCAGAGGGUCCAGUCAUGCUAGCUCUGCUGCCCCCAAAUGGCCCUUCUGGACAUUAUUUUCAUCAGAUGGAAAUGGCUUCAUUCUAAUCAAGUCAAUUUACUUCCUGUGUC